UAAUAUUUUCCCUAUUUUUACAAGCCGUGAUAAAAAAAUUAAUAAAAUUAAAAUUAAAAUAAAUAAAUUCAAAAUGUUUAUUUGUUUAUAUAGAGAGAUUUUCUAUAUACCUCUCCCAAUCUUCCACCCAUUCGGCAUUUUUCUUCCAUAGAACCCAAAAUAACCAUCUUGGGUUAUUUUGGCUUUUUUCUAAAGAAAAGGAAAUUUUAAGUUUCCGGAGGUACUUCAUUUUUAUCAAAAAAUAUAUAAAGAUUAUGUUAUUACUUGUUGUGUUCUUUUGAACAGCUUUUUUAAAUUGAAACAAGCCAUUUUUUCUUUUCCGCAUUAUUAGUCCUAAAAAACACUACUAUUAAUGUGUACUGUACUUGUACUAUAAUCGAGAAAGAAUUCAAUACAGCACAGUCUUUCAGAAACACUUACAAAAUAUUUUCAACACAAAUAAUAACGCUAUAUCAAUAGCGCUCCUAGGUUGCCGUCUUGAUCCUGAUAGUCAAUCACGAAUCGCUCAUCUUUGUCUUUGUUUGCUGGAAUGGGAUCACUCAACACAAGGUUUUCAAUUUUCACUUCUUCGAUGUUUAGUGGUGUAAAAUUCCUUUGAUUUAACAGUUUUGUCUCCAAAUUUCAACAUCACUUUAUCGUAGAGACAGAACCUUAUCAGGAUUCUACGCCCGCAGCCACACCUGUCAUAGUCACCAAGCACGGGUUCGCAGUCAUUGCAUUGUUCUUUCAUCGUUUAUUUAACCGCGAGCAAUCGCACGCGCACUACUUUCCUCUCUUCAUUGUUCCCUUGCUCCACUCCGCAAUAUCUUAAGAUCCUUUUUUUCCUCUUCCGUAAAGCACCAGUCUAUAACUCUGUCGGGAUGCCAGGUUACCGGGGCUAGUUCAUCCCUAAUUCUAGCCUUCUCCUCUUUUCUCCAGCGAUAGGCAUCGAGCCCUUAUAUAUCUCUCUGAUACUUCUAUUUCGUUAAUAACUUUAGGUAUAUCGAUUUGCUGUAAAGUCUUGUAUUCAAUUUCUUUUUGAACUCGUGCACUAGCAGCUUGCUCAGCCUUUGUAUUUAUUAUGUACAUUUUAAGUGCCCAUGUGCUGUAAAACCAACUUUCUGUGAAUAUAUACAAGGAGGUUUAAAAAGAAGGAGAGAGAACUCGCGGCGUCCCUUUAAAUUUUCUAUUCAAUUUUUUAUUGUUUCGGCGCCCCUUUGAACUGAUCCGUGUCUCUGAUUUGGCUCAAUAUUUACCUACCGACUCUGAAACGAGUGUUUUAACGAGAAAAGAUAAAUCUUAAAAAUCACACUUACAGCAAUGCGGAAGAGCAGGAAAACAUGUAGUUUAGUUAAACUACAAGAUUCAAUGAGGGUGAAGUUUGUUUUUCCACUUCCAUAAGGACGCGGAAGGAGUAAAGUGCCUUCAAAGUGCGAAAAGCUGCCUUGGGAGAUCGUAAAGUUUUACAACUUAUAAACUAUUUCGUAUGUCCCCUCCUGGGAAAAUGUUAGUUAAAGGGUUGAUUAACGUUUUUGUGCAGGUCUCGUCAGGAGGGGUUAUUUAUAAAAUUGUUUUUUUUACUCUCGAAGUAGACGAAUUCUCGGUAGGGUGUCGCAGCACGUCGCAGCACUCGGUGAUGUUUUCCAUUGUCAUGGAACAAAAGAAAAUAAUUAUUAGUUCUAAUUAUGUAUAUUUAGGUAAAAGUUUUAAGCAACUUUUUUUCUUUUUUCCCCAGUGGGAGUAGAUUUUCUGUUUAUGUAUAUUCUUUCUUUCUCUCACACCAGCUGUAUGUUUUGAAUAUAUAUUGAAUUGAGUUUAUAAUUGUUUUUUUAUUAGGUGUUACAUAACCAGCUGGCAAGUGGUUCACAUUUUUUUUUAAUUCCCUUGACACCUUUGUGGGUUUUUUAUGAAGUUUUUUUGAAAAAUAAAGUAUUCAUAUUUGAAUUUUGCUGUGUCAACAUGUCUGCUUCACAUUCAGAGUAUAUUCAAAAGCUAUGUAGAUUGUGUGGGAAGAAAAUUGUGAAAAGUAAACAUUACGUUAAUUUUAAAUCUUGUGAUAUUUACAGUGAAGUGUUUCAAUCUAUAUAUGGAAUAAAUUGUGAACAAGAAGAUCCUUGUGUAUUUCCUAAAUUUACUUGUAAUGGAUGUAGAAGAAAAUUAGAUGAGAUGAAAACGUCAAAAAAAAUAAUUGGUACUGCUGCAUCAUUUUACCCUCAUGUGGAUGAAAAUUGUGUGUGCAUGAAUUAUGCUGUAAACAGAAAAGACAGCUUAAAAAUACUGGAAUUAGAUGUGAGUAUGAAGAAAGUUGGUUUUAGUAUAUGUGAUAAAUCGGAUAACUAUAAACGUGUCUAUACCCUUUGUCAAAAUGAAAAAGAAUUAAACCAUUUGCUUACAAUACGUAUAGACAACAGCAAUGGUUGGGAUUUCUCCAUAUAUGGGAAACCUAUGGAGAAAGAAACAAUACAACUAACAAAAACUCUGCCAUGUGUUUUGAAAAAUGAUGAUAUUUCAACUUUCUCGUCAUUCUGGAAGUCAGUCAGUGUUUGCACGGGGUUACAAGGUUAUGAAGAUGUAAUCAAGUCGAGAUGUAAUUUCGAACAGCCAUUCAUGAAUCAGAGUGGAACAUUUCCAGUAGCUUUUGUUGAAGACGAUAAAAUGGUCAGAUUUGAUGAAGACAAUUUUAAAACAAUACGCCAUACCAACUGUCAUUUUUUAGCUGAAAAACCUUCAUCUGUAUGUAGUAUGUGCAAUUCUUUUAAACCAACAGUUAAAAAAGUUAGAAGUAGACGGAAAAGUGAUGAUUCUGUGCUUGAUUCCUCACAUACAAACAUUCGAUAUCUUUCCAGAGAAGAACUAGAGGAAAGAUAUCGCAAUACUCAGGGAGAAAAACAGAGAGCAAUAAAGAAAGUUGCCCAAUUAUCAUCUUGGGUAAGAAAAAUUACUGAGAAAGAAUGCAUCCAUGUUGAUGAUGAGCAACACGAAUUUAUAAAAAAUAUUGUUUGCAAUGAGGAAACAUGUCCUGAAAUACCCGAAGGCAGUCCCCAGUGGUUGUUAUGGGAGCAACAAAAAGAAAUGGCUUCCAAAAGUUCACCUAAUGGCAUGAGAUGGCACCCACUAAUUAUUAGGUGGUGCCUCAGUUUAUACCACCAUUCACCAGCAGCAUAUAAACAUUUGCGAAAUCCGAAUUUGAAUUUUUUAAAACUCCCACAUAUUGACACACUUAAAAAAUACAUAAACUUCACUGAUCCAAUGUGUGGAUUCAAUCCAGAUGUCAUUGAAAGAUUAAUAGUGGAUAGUAAAAUUGCAACUCUGGAUGAUCACCAAAAAAACGUUUCGCUUAUUUAUGAUGAGAUGAAAAUAAAAGCUGACUUGGUGUUCAGACAGUCAACUGGACAAUUGGUUGGUUUCACUGAUAUGGGGGAUAUUAACGAUGAGUUAGUUGAAUUUCAAAAACGUGCUGAGGGAUCAUCAGAGAAUGAUCGUCACUUUGCUUCCUAUGUGAUAGUGUUUAUGGUUCGAGGAAUUGUUUCAUCUCUGGUGUAUCCUUUUGGAUAUUUCGCAUCAUUGGGAUUUACCUCUGAUCAGCUCUAUCCAUGUGUAUGGGAGGCGACAUAUGUAUUGGAGGCAAUUGGUUUUUAUGUUCGAGCAUUUAUUUCAGAUGGUGCUUCUCCCAAUAGGAAGUUUUACAAAAUUAUGGUGACACCUGAUAUUGGUAACACAUAUUGGACCAACAACUUAUUAUCAUUGGACAGAAAGAUCUUUUUUAUAUCCGAUGUCCCUCAUCUCAUUAAAACAACGAGAAACUGUUUCGAGAACUCUCAUGGAAACAAUAAUACACGCAAUCUUUUUCUCGAUCACAUGGAUAUCAGCUGGAACCAUCUUGUCAAUGUUUAUGAAUGGGAUCUGAAUUUACAUGGAGCAGCACCUGGAUUAAGGAAACUUUAUAAACUAAAAGAGGAUCACAUAAAGUUAACUCCAAGGUUGAGGAUGCAAGUUAAGUUGGCUACCCAAGUUUUGAGUAAAACAACUGCUGAUGCACUUGAGGUUCAGGGGCUGCAUUAUACGAAAAGUACAAUAAAGUUUGUGCGUAUGUUUGACCAAGUUUUUGAUUGCUUGAAUGUAUCUUCAAUUAAUCAAGAUCGUGGCGGAAAAAUAGCUCUUGCAGCAUAUAGAGAUGUUAACGAUUGGCGUUUUGAGUUUUUAGAGAAAGAAUUCCUCGAACAUUACCUGGGAAGGUGGGAAGAACAAGCCAAUGACACACCUAAUUUAUCCCAAGAUGAAAAAAAUAAAUUGUUAUUGAGCAAACAGACGAUAAAUGGUUGGAAAAUAACAGUGAAAUCAUUCGUGGAACUGACCAAAUUACUUCUCCAGAGUCCAAAUGUCAAGAUGAUUUUGAGCGAGAAAUUCUCACAAGAUCCAUUGGAGGAACAUUUCGCUCGUCAAAGACGAAGUGGUGGUACAUGUGACAACCCAACACUUUAUCAAUUUGGCCAACAAGAACUUUCUUUGCUUGUUAUGAAAUCUGAGUUGAUCAGAGAUCUACGUGGAAACACUCGACGUGGUAAUCAAAAUCAGAUUCACCUAGACGUAAAUGAUAUGAGGAAACUUCCACAGAAAAGAAAGAGAUAGUUAUUUAUAUAUUGAUACUUUUGGAAACAUGAUUGUUUGACUAUUUUAUUUAUAUUUUUUCUGAGUAUGUCAGACAUUUUUUCCAUUACGCUUUUUCAACAUAGAAGUUGUUUUGUUAUUAGUGCCUUGUCUUUUGAGUCACAUCUUUUGCAAAUAUUUUUAGUGGAGUACGAUUUUGACUUUGAUUUGAAACAUUUUUUUGAAAACAUCAAAUCUUAGAAAAUAAUUGAGAUUAAAAAAAUUUAGGAUUGCUACUUUAUUAUUGCUAUGUAAUUUUUAUUUAUGUCAUCGGGAAAUUACAACUAUUACGGAAUUUCUUUUAUCUUCAUUUCGAAUGGAUCCGCCAUACGUGAAUAAAUAUUACAGUUUUGUUUUGCUUUUUUACAUACUCACUUCGCGAUAUGUAGAACAACCCUGGGGACAAGUUUCAUUAUAUUCCCAACAAGAAUUCAUGCGAAGGAGUGUCGAAAUUAAUAUUCGCUAUUCGGGACUAUGUUGAUUUAAAAAAAGAACGUGACAAAGGCCUCUUGGUGUAAGGGUGUAUACAAACCACAAUAAAACAUACCCGAUACCCGUGUGAGAUGUAAAACUUGUUUGCAAAGAGAGUUCGAUACCCGUGUGAGAUAUAAAACUUGUUUGCAAAAAAUUUAAUCAAAUGGAAUAAUCAAAAAGUGAGUUGAUUUCAUCAGGCCACAGUCAGGCAUAGAGCAUCCGAUGCGGCAAUCCUAGGUCCGAGGUUGCGGUCAGCUUUAAGUAGCGAUUCUCGCGUAAGAAUAUUUGCGUCGGUAAUUAUGCACGCGCAACUUAUUUUUCAGGGUCCCUCCAGCUGAUAAAAAGCAUGUUGUUUCAUACCAUCUUGAUUAGCCUAUCCAUCGACCAUUUCUCCGCGUUUUUAUGAUCUAUUAAAUUUCUAGCAAAGCGCGCAGAGUUUUGAUCUCGCAGCAUUAUUCAGUUUAACGCUUGCCAAUGUGCAUAACUGAACAAAGAAGUAGCACAAAAAAAAGAAAUGAGAGUGAAGUUCACAAAUCUUGGCAAAAAUUUAGAUUUAAAAUAAACAGCUUCAGCGAGAUUGAAUCCUUACUCAAUCCGAAAAAAACCCUUAAAAUAGUACAAACAUAAUAAGGGUAUGAUUAUUUUACUAAGAAACACAGUUAUAUACAUGGAAAAGAUAUAUAGAAAUUAAAACAAGUUAUAGGUAAAAAUGUUAUGACAAUUAGUUAAGUUUUUUUCUCAUUGCUGGUUCACCUUUUUUAGAUAAGACUACAGUCAACUUCUCUUUUUUCUCCGAUGCUAGAGAAGCAAGUUUGCGUCGAACUACUUGUAUAUAUGCAGUGACAUAUGCUUUUGCUCUGAUGUCACACCAUUUUUUAAUGAUCUGAGCUUUGAGAAUUUUCGAUAACUUCUCAUUUCCAAGAUACCGUGAAAGUAUGACCCAGGCUUGAUCAAUUAAAGAGUCCUUCAUAAGUUCAUUUUCGAAAAGUUCCCGUAUAUCUUCUCCUUUAUAUUUUUUCAACAUGUUCAAAUUUAAAACUUUUCUAAUAACGUUUUCAAUUCUUCUGCAAAAAAUAAACAUGUCAUCAUUGACUUUUAUCAGGUAUCCUCUGCUGACUUGGUCCACCCAAGAUCUUGUAUAAUCCAGAAAACUAUAUACCUGCAGUUUAUCAUCACCUGAAACUUUCAAUGAGUUCAGAAACUGCAAUGCAGCCACAGCAACAACUUUGUUUUUCGAAUCUGCUAAUCUUUGGUAUUUUUUACGUAGCGAGAAAAUUAUGUAUCCUGAAACAUAAUACAGAACAGUUUGUUCCUCAGUUGUGAGUUUCAAGUCAAGACUUUUUUCGACAUGUCGAUUUUUGUUUUCAUGAGCUACUAGUAUUUUUAUUAACUCCAUAACAAAUUUCUGCAACAACAUAGAGAAUUCUUGACUGUCAAUGCAGUAUCCUUUAGGUAAUACAUGUUUCCAAUGUUGUCUGAAUUUAUCGUCUUGUGCAAGUUCAUGCACUUUUCUCCAAAGAGAUUCUUUUCCUGAACCAGUCAGUAGGUUAGAUUUUUGCAAUUCUUUAAAUAUGCGACACACUACAUUUUCAGAAAUAAUGUCCAAAACAUCACUCCCAGCAUUCAAAAUUGAGUUGGCUAAUUCUUUGACACGAUUUCCAGGUGUUUUGAAUCCUUUCACAACAAUGUUAUUGAUUGGGUCUUUUGAAAUUUUAACCAUAGCAUCACGAACAAAAUUCAUUUUUUCUUGCUGCAGCUCAUGAUCGGUGAUGGAUAAAGAUUCUAAAAGGGUGCAAAAAAAAAGGUUUAUACCACCAGUUCACAAUAUUUUGCUCUAUAUAUAGCAAAAAAAAAUUCCUUAUGUUCUCAGAGUUCAUGAAUGAAUACUUACGAUUCGAUUUUGAUUUAACUUGUUUUGUGGAAAUUGUUGUAGUUGAUUUAUUUUUUGAGUCAUCAAGAGUUUUUCUUGCCACUGUUGUUGUUUCUGGAUCUAUUAUUGGAAUACAGAGUUGACAUCAGAACACAGUUGUGAUAACAAAACAAGACAACAACAACAAAAAGCAUAUCAAAUGAUGAUAAUACAAUAGCUUUUCUAUGAAAUCUACAUGCAGAGUCAAAAAACAAAACAUUAUAGCUAGCUAGCUAAUGGUGUUUUAAAGAAAACAUGACUUUAUUAAACUGAAGCAUUACCUGUUGGCUUUUUACAUAUCAGAGUAUGUUUCUUGUAGUAAGCUUCUUUAAAAUACUGUUUUUUGCACUUGCUGCACACAAACUUCACAUUUUUGGUACUGUUGUUAUCAACCACCAUGUCCACAUCUUCUUCAUCAACGAAUACUAUUUGAGGAAUACCCAAAUAUCCAGCAUCUACUUCAUUUUCUUCUUCCAACAGAUCUUCCACAAACGAUACUUCCACCUCACAACUUUCGUAAACAGUAAAAUCUGACAACAUUUCUUCCGUCACAAAAAAGUCAUCAUCCAAUUCUAUUAUAUUUUUAACGUCUUCGCCUGCCAUUUCGCUUCUUGCUUGUUUAUGAUAUGUAAAAACGACAAAUUUAUCAACUAACAAGCAUUUACCGCUGAGAGAAAAAUAGCCGCGGGCUCAUAAUUUAUGCAAAUAGUAACAAAAGACAACGGCUAAUUUAUUAAUUUAAGCGCGAGAUUUCAAAUUUUGAUUGACAGAAUUCGAUGUAAGAACAAUAGAGAAAAGUAAACAUGAGACACGGAUGAUUUCAAUAGAAAUAAAAGAGUUCUCUCUCCUUCUUUUUAAACCUCCUUGAUAUAUAUGUACAAUCCUAUAAUAUUUCCCGUAUUUUUUACAAGUCGUGAUAAAUAAAUAAAUAAAGUUAUAAUUCAAAUAAAUAAAUAAAUAAAUAAAUUCGCAGGUGUUUAUUUGUUUUUUGGAGAUAGAUAUUUGAUAUCCCUCUUCCAAUCUUCCACCCAUUCGCCAUUUUUUUCCAUAGCAGAAAGCCAUCUUGGGUUAUUUUGGGUUCUUUCUAAAGAAAAGGAAAAUUUAAGUUUUUAGAGGUACUUCAUUUUUUCAUCAAAAAAUAAAAAUAAUAAUAAAAUAGAUUAUAUUAUUACUUGUUGUGUUCUUUUGAACAACUUUUCUUAAAUUGAAACAAGCCAUUUUUCUUUUUUUUGUUAUUAGUCCUAAAAAAAACAUACUACAGGGGCGGAUCUAGGAUUUCUGAUGUACCCCGUCAUAAAAUGUACUUAUAUUAGUGACACGCGAAGGCCCACCAUGGUUGGGCCUGAGGGGCCAAAAAAUUUUUAAACAAUCUUCGUCUUGAAAUAAUUUCAAAACAUCUUCUCUCACUGAACUAAACGCCAUGUUGAGCAAUGAUGUUGAGGAAGAUAUGAAGAUGAAGACCAGCGUGAGCAUUUUGGCUUUUGCAGGGUAUUGAUUUUUAGCCAAUCACAACUUAAGAAAACUUCUGUAAUGACCAAUCAAAUCCUGCCGGUGUUCUUCUCCUGCAAACCCGACACUCUAGACCAAUAAGAGUUAAGAAUAACCUCAUUGCUCCGGCAAAAACCUGCAGGGCGGGGUCCAUAUUUUUCUAUCCGCCAUCACGGCAGCAACAGCGACGGCAAUAUUAUUAAUUUUUAUAUUGAUAAGCGCUCAAAUGAAUACAUUAUUACACGCCCAAAAUAUUACUGGUUAGUACUAAAUAUUUGAAAAUUAGAUAAACUAUACUUGUUAUUUUUAAACCCCGUACUUUGACCCAAUUGACGGGGUUUGGAUCUGCCCCUGUACUAUUAAUGUGUACUGUACUUACACUAUAAACGGUUUCAAGAUCAAAGCUGAUGCGUUAAACAAUGCUAACACAAAACAUUCCUCUAGAAGAAUCGUGCCCUUGUCUCGUUUCAUUAACCGAUGGAUUGAAAAAAUAAAGAUACGUAUUGAUGAUAAAUCUCAACCGAUAUACAAUUUUGCGAGCGAUGGAUAUUUAGUUGAUCUACCCUUUGAACAAUUCUAUUUACGUUUCAAGGAAAGCAUACGAACCCUCACUCAAAAGUUCUAUUUGAUUGCAAACUUUAACACAGCCUGGUAACCUUACUCCAUUUCUAUUAUUAAUUACCAAAAUUUGAAACACGCUGAAAACUGUUUGAAGAGUGCAAUCUUUUUUCUCUCAACAUGUAUACCUUCUACUAAUUUUUCUAAUUGUAAAGUUCUUAAGUAAUCGAAUUUAAAAAGAACGUACGAGAUAAAUAUGCUAGUUAUAAAACACUGCAUAUCAACAUUUUUAUUAGAAGAACAGCCCCACAAAAGAAAGUUUGGUGCUUUGUUUAAAUUCGAAAAAUUAACAAUUGCAUUCUUAAGCUUUAACUUUUCCAAAAACGCUGAAUACGAAAAUAAGGCUUGUUCGCUAUUUUGUUUGCGUGAGAAAGCUAUUGAGCCAUCAAAUAGUCUAUUGCAUUGCUGAAUAACAUCACUAUCCUCCUCCUCAUAAUCAUCAUCAUCACAAUCAGCUUUAUGAAGUAUAAAAUCACACCCACCCGCACCCACCACACUGUCUUUCAUAAUAGUCAUGAAAUCUUGGGACUCCCUCAUAAACGCAGUCAUUGAUAAAUGUUAAAUACCAACAUUAAUCCACCCACUGCCUCUUUUUUGAAGUUCAGAAAUUUCGGAUAAAUACUUUUCUGCAAGAUGUCUAAAAUUAGGACUGAUUGUGUAUGCAUUAGCUCGCAUAGAAAAUUCAAGAGGUUGAGGAUCAUUAAAUUUAAUCACCGUUUUCUUUUAAUUUCAUUUGAAUGAAAUCAAUGGAUACAUUAACUUGAAUGUCAUAGGUAGUGCUCCGGCGGGAGUUGUGUUUAUUGUCAGCCGAUACGACGACAACAAACUGCGCAAACUCCCUGCACCGCCCAGGUCCACUACUUAAAUGUCAGCUCAAUUUCCAAUGGUACGACCUUACUCCGGUAUAUCGAAAGGCCUAGAAGUGCUAAACACUUCAAGCAGUGGGGGCAUAAAAGCAUUCACAAAACACUCGAAUUAAAGAUUAAAUACACGUUCUUAAUUGUCAAUAAAUGAAUACAAAUGUCCUAAUGUUAAAUAUAAAAUAUAGCUACGAUCACCGACCCUACCGACCGAGAUGUUGUGCACUGGCGCGUGUAAUUUCAAACAAACGGGAUGCCAUUUCUACCAUACAUGUUUUCGUUUGGUGCUGCGUUUAAGAUAUCGUUGAACGGAUUUGAAUGGGGGUUUGCUUUAUUUAGGUUUGGGGAGCUGACGCCAUUGGUGAAAUAUCCAGGGAUCUGGACAUAUUUGUAUGGAUUAGGAGGUAUGGGUACGAGGUGUAUCAAUUCAGUUUGGGCGUUACCUUGUAACAUUACCCUCCCCGUUUUGAGACUGCGUCACCACGGUCUAAGAUACAAAGGAGUGUGGGCGUAAUGGGCGGAAGUCAGCUUAUGUAGCGGAAGGAAUAGUACGUGAUGUUCAUUGUAACCAGGUCGAAGGAAUUUUCUCAUGCAUCAUUUCGGCAUAAAGUAGCGUGAAUACGACGUUGUUGCAUAACUAGUAGCACGUUCGGCAUAAAGUAGCGUAACUGGUAGCACGAAAAAGGUGUGGCUGCAUUCUGCAUAAAAUGGCCUGAUGUUGGUGCUUAACAGGUAUAUUGUUCAAUGUUGCGUGAGCCUUUGUUUUGAUUAAAGACGCGCCAAGCAUCAGGAAAGGAUGGAGGCUUCUUAUGGUAAGUUUGCUUAAAUAUCCAUAGAAAUGUUCAUGUUAACUGCAAUAUUUUUUCUAAGGUGUGUCGUAAUCGUUCGUAGGUUUCGUCGGCUUUGUAUGGGUCGGAUCAAUAAAAUAUAAAUUUCCUAAAAUCUAAAACAGGCUCCAUAAAGGUUACCAUAAAUAUCCAACUGUAAAAAAAACUAAAAAUUUCCGUAACGUAAAAUAUGUUCUAUAAACGUUAAAUAUGUUCUUCACAAUAUUCUUUGUAUAAAAUAUAAUUGCUUUCCUUCCUUCUUUCUUUUUUUUUUUUUUUUUCUUUUUAUAUAGAUAUAUAUAUAUAGAUAU